AUGGAGGAGAUAGAAAUCCACAACGGUAUUGAUUCUAGUACCGGUAGUAUUGACAAUCCCCACGAGAACUCAGAGGCAAAGGAUAGCAAUAGCAGUAUUAACGACAACAGGGACUGGCAGCUGUCUGGUUCGACUGAUUCCACCGCAUCCUGUUCCUUCUCCUCUUUGGAUCAGCAGCUUCCAGUGGCACCACCGAUAGUAGACUCUGCUAGCACAGGCAUUCAGUGUCAGGAAGACUCGGAAAACAGAGAAGCUAUGGGGCUCGGGAACAGCGAGAUGAAUCGGGGACAAGAGCACCCAGAACCACCUGUCUCUGCCCAAUUACUGGGAAAACCAGAUACCCUUGCUGUUGCAUCUUAUCCCCAGCAUAACGGUACCGGUACGUCGUUUGCUGUGGGCCUUCCUGUGGGUCAGCGAAAGAGUCCUCCUCAUCCUCACGUUCAGGCAGAUGAGAGAUCUGCGGAUUACCAGAGCCAAGAAGAUGCUGAAGACAGACGGUCCUAUUUGGCGACUGAGGCCGUGGCACGCUGGUUGCAUGGAGCCGCUGCAGUCAAGGGAGGAAAACAAGGUCAUGAGCAUCAUCAGCAUCUAGGUGCUGAGGGGUUAUCCUUAGCUGCUAGCUAUGAAGCUACCAGGAAUGGAAUCAGAUUAAGGGAGGGAUCAGCAGGUUCGCCCAAGCAGGAUAAGAACAGAUCCUUCCUUGACCCUACUCCCAAGAACACUACCCCCAAGAACGCUACCCCGAGACCCACCGUCAGGCGCAGAAUACGACGUGCUGCGUCUCAACCACUCAUGAAAUCUGGUCCGACCCUUGCCAAUAAUCAUAACGCAACACGGAACCGCGGCAGGGAUGAACUAUCGACAACGUAUCACCACGGCACGAGCAAUUGGUCUCCUGUCAGGCCUACGAGAACACUGCGACGACAAGCCAGUAUGAACGAACGCGUGAGCAAACUACGAAACUCCGUAUCGACACGGCCGGUUCGUCUCAAAAAAGCCAACCGAUCCAAAUCGGAUAUUCCAAGCACCAUGAACAAACGUAGUGGUGAUCUACUGGGAUCGUCGUCGUCGUCGUCCGACCAAGGGACCUCGGACGAGUCGUCCCAAGAUGACAACUACGACAACAACAACAAGAUGCAGUCACCACACAACAACAAGAAAACCAAUAAGAAUAAUCCACGUCAGAUGCCAAAGAAAACGCGGUCCUUGAAUGACGCUCAAUCGAAACAACGGUUGCUGGGUUCGGACAACAACAGCAAUCACACUAACAACAACAACGAUACACGACCGUCCCUCCCCGCGGGUCGUCAGUCGUCUGGACGGGACGAAAUCGAAGACGAGGACGAAGACGAUGUACUCUUGCUGAUUGCCAAGGCACGAGCCAAAUUGGCCAUGGAGGGCAAUGACAGGGCAGAAGCAGAAGCCGUUUUGGCGCAAAUGAGCCAAGAUCGGGAACAACAACACGAUAAAGUGGCCGCUUGUUCGGGGGCGAGUAUCAAUUCGGCAGGGGCCGCGUCGGGUGGGACAGCCUCACUUCCGGGAGCCUACGAAAAGGUACCGGGAGGAGGCUUUGAGCGAAAGGAAACAUUCUCGCAUGCAUCCAUUACGCGACACAGUGUCAGUGCUCAAAUGCGUCAACAACCGACGACAACGCCACAACAGCCGUUUCAUGCCAGUUACAAUCAUUCCAGUUACAACGGAUCCGAUUUGGGUAGUAUUAGCAGCGCCGACAGCGAUGAUAUGAGUGAUAUUAUGGAAAUCGAAUUCUCUCAGCAAUCCAUGUCGAAUCACGACAGUGAUGAUGACAAAGACGAAGAUGACAAAAAGCCGGCGGCCAAAAAUAAGGAUGACACGGACAACAAUGGUUCCUUUAGUCUUGGCAAUUCUCUAGCAACGGUUUCGCUCAAUCCGGAUGAAGUGUUUGCUGCACAGCAACAAAAGAAACCCGCAGCAAAGAAACAACCAAAAGAUGUGCCGCUACGAUCUCGAUCGGCAAUGAGUGCCACGAGCUUGUCCAAAGGGGGCGGCAGCAGUAGCGCAGCAAUGGACUACCAAGCUAGCUUUGCAAGUAUGCCUGCAGCGUUUGCCCCGCCAUUGAACGAAGACGAUUCCGACGUGAGCAGUGCCAGACGGCGCCGAACAAGGACACGUCGACGUCACGGCAGGAGAAAUUCUGCGGGAGCUGGUAGAGACUCGGCUGCCAGUUACAACAAUAAGGAUGACUGCCGAAGACGGCGCAAUCACCAUGAUGACGCGGGGGGCAAGCAGUCUUCGAGCGACAAGAUGAAGGACGGGAGCACGGAGAAUCAAGCUGGUCAACUAGUUAUAGCAGCUGAAGUUGUUCGCUCAGAGGAAGAAAUGGUCCACGAAUUGAGGCAAAAGGUGAAGAAAGAGAUCCUGGAAUCGAUGGCAAAGGAGCUCAAUGAAAUGGAAGCUUCAGUUUCCGCGUUUUCUGUUGAUUUGUCGAUGGCGGAUGCGUCCAUGCAAGCAACACCCUCGGAGCAGGGGACGACUGGAAGUCAAGGAGGUAGAAUGUCAAGGAUGCCCGCCUUCAACACUGGGCAGCAAAGCCAAGGAAAGCUUCACCAGACUUCAGAUCACCGCAGAGGACACCACGUGCCGCCCUCUCCCAUGUCGGCUUCCUUGCCGGUGAACAGCUUUGUUCGGGGUAGGCGUAGCAGCUGGCGUAGCGCAGAAUUCACACCAAGGCAACAACCGGUGACCCCAAACCAGUCGAGACGGCUUCGGAGCUUGAAUUUGAGUGGAAGCUCCCCUCGUUUCCUGCGGACCCGCCGCAGUCCAAAAAGGAGUCUCUCAAUGAAGAUGCCUACCUUUCGCGCAAAGAAGAGCACGGGUUCAUUGCCCCAACUACGAACAUCUUAUUCCGCAGGUUCAUACGACAACAAUGACGACGCUUCGUCUUCGUCUUCCGACGAGGAGGGAACAUCCCGACAGAAACUAGAUAUUGUGGAUGCCGUGAAUGUGAUUCCUGCUCCGCCUCCAACUUCUCCGCGGCGAUCAAAGUCCCAGCCAUCCCUUCCUACGAUGCGUGCUGCUGCACAAGCCCGCCAAAAACAAGCUGCUGCCACUCAUCAUCAACUCCAAGCCCAGCCUCGGCCUGGCUCUCUGCUGGAUCAGUUACGAACCACCAUGACAACAACAGCUGUACCUGCUUCGGAAGCCACAGCAAUUGCCACCAACUUGAACAGGCAAGAAUCAGGAGAGUCAAAUAUCUCGUCGUCACUUCCCGAGUUGACAACUCCUCCUCCGUCCGAGGGUCGUUCGCAAGGUUCCUUGUUGCUGAACAACAGCAGUCAAAGCCAGAACGAUCCCACCGUUUCGCAGCAGGAGUCGACGUUUCAGCAGCAGGGGUCGCCAGCGCAGGCGAGCAGCAACGCGGCUGGCCAUGCCUCUGAGCAAUCAUUCGCGUUCGGCAGCGACGGGGUGGGCGGUGGUUGCGGCAGCUCCUCGCUUUUGCUUCGUGAUGUGCAGGAGCCGGAUAAUGAGUCCGAGGAGUUUCGGGACGAAUAUCAUCCGGCUGCAACCGAGUAUCACGUCGUGAACAACCACGAUCUUCAACGCCAGCGCGUUUCGGAUAUGCCCUCAGACUGGGAUCUGCAACAACUCGAACUGGCCGAGCUUGGACUAAGGCAUGCGUCCCGAGGUUCUACGUCUCUCGGCAUACUAUCUUCUUCCUCCUACCGAACCCGUCUCAACGACGACGAACAAGAUCAGCAGCAGGAAUCAUCGCUGAUCGUCACUCACGAGAACGAGUUGCCGUCUGCAUGGAUCACCCCAGUCGGUCUAUUGGUGGCUGGCGCUGUCAUUCUCGCCAUUGUCUUAUUUGCUGCCUGA